AUGAGUGAUAGAGACAAUAUGAGAGAAGGAAAUAGCCAUAAAACUCCAGGAGAGUUUAAAGGCUCUAUCCUUAUCGAUUCUCAAAGACAGAAAGCGUUCCACCCCAGCUGUGUUGUACAUAUCAAUGGGAAAAAAUACAGACUCUGAAAGAUGGAUGCGAAGAGAGCAAAAAGAUUGAUAUCCAAACAGAAAAUCAGAGAAAGAUGCAAUAGUUUGAAGAAGGAAGCCCAGUUUGAGUUCCAGCAGCUUCAGAUUGAAGGUUCCAACCAAAAUAUUAUCUCAAUGAAAGUACCGGUUCUUGGAAGAGAUUCGGACAUAACGAAGGCAGUCACCCAACCUGCGAUGUUCAUACCAACAGAGUGAAAUGAAGUCAGCAAAAACAUCACUAAGAGAAGCAAAAGGAUCCAGAAAAUUCUAAAAGGAAUGCGAAGCAACUCUCCUAGACAUAUUCCUAAACAUCAGCAGCUCUCAACAAACCUGGAUAAUAGAGCAUACUCUAAUAUCAGAGUAAAGUCUCCAGGGGUCAGAAGGGCUGACUAUAUCCUUAGUAUGCUAAUCGAGAGUUCUGCUAUCCCACAAAUUACCCAUAAAGUCGUACCCAAAAUCAAGGAACCGAAAGCACAAGAGCAUCUUCAAAAUCCCAGAACAUUUCGAAGGGCUUUCAAGAUUGAGGAAAAUUCUACAGAGAGUGAGCCAUUUUCCUUUACUACAACCAGGAAGCUUAGGCCCAUUAGCGGGUUGCCAAGCACAUUCAGCAAGAAAUUCCAAAAUAUCAGAGGUGCUCCUAGACCAAAAAUAAAUAUUCUAAAAACAGAAUUUUUAUCUCCUAGAGUCGGUAAGAAGAGCCUGAGGACUAAGCAUGACUUAUCAUCUAUCUUAUCAAAUUCAGAAAUCUCGAUGAUGAGGGACAAGAUCAUGAACGAUUUAGCAUCUUUAAUAUAAUAAUUCUACAGCUUUGCAAUUAUUUCA